AGGGGGGUGGGGGGUAUCACGUGGCGUGGGUGUGGCCCUCCCAUUCCCUUCAGCUAAUUCAAAUGGCACAAGCCCGUGCAACAAUUGUAAGGGCAAUUGAAAGGGCGCAAGCCCUUGACCCAAUUGCCCUAUCAUUUUUUGGAUUGGUGGAAAUAUAUUUUUAGGUUGGAGGCAAUUCAAUCCAAUUGCAGAGGCAACUGGGAACCGGUGGAGAUACUCCAAUAGGCAGCAAACAGUGUCAAGAUCUUGUAGAGAGGUUGAGCAUAGGGCCCUUUCAACUAAUGCUGCACAAUGAGUGUGGAUUCAGCAAUUAUGUAUUUCUUCUAACGAGGACCCUUUAAUCAAUUAAGUCAAUUAGCUUGAGAAAUUUGCAUGCGUGUUUCUUGGUUAUUAUCAGUACGUCUUGAUUUGGCUUCCACUAAUCAUGGAUUUAAGGCUUUAAGCCAUACAUAAAAACAGGAAAAAGUUAAUGAAACAGAGAGCUUGAAAGCGAGGGCCCAUUGAAAAAUCCUCAGCCUUUGCUUAGAUUGGAAUAUAAGUUGGUCACUCACACGACCACAGCGGUAUAGGUAACGGAGUUGAGAGUAAGAGAGAGAAAGCUGAGAGAGAGAGAAGAGAGAGAGACUUGGGACUUGCCACCGAAACCAAACUUUGAAAGGAUCCCUCGAUCCACCCACAAAUUAUGUAAACUGAGCUUCCCUUCUCGCCUCUCUAUUUUUUUUUGUCAUUAAAUUUAAUGCCCCCCAACAGAGUCUUCCAAUUUCUUGCUGAAACAUAUGAUGUAGCUGCGAGCUGAACUGCAAGCACAGCAUGGCAAAGAGAUCAGAUUUUGCGCAGAAGCUGCUGGACGAUCUUCGCGUCCGCAAGGAGAAAAUGGGUGCGCCUCAGAGUUCAAACCGUUGGAAUUCAAUGGCAAUAGAUGCAUAUGCUUGUUCCAAGCAGAAUUAUAGAGGAAGAGUGGAUGUAAGCACCAAUGGACCAAUUGGCUCCGGAGGAAGUAGCAGAACACCGAUUGUUCAAGAGGGUUCGAAUCAGAUUGUUGCUUAUGGGAGAGGAGGUAGGAGCUCGGAACAAAUGGGAGAUUUUUCCAGGGCCUUGGCCUUUGCACUUGAAAAUCCAGGAAAGCUUGGGAAAGUGGAUACAUCUAGCAGAAGUUCAAUGCUAGGAUUUUUUAAUCAAAUUGGGAGGGGAGCCGUGGAGUUCAGCAAGAUGGAAGGAAAAGGUAGCGCGAAUAGGGACUUCAGUUCAAGUAACCAUUUUCCUAACCUUUCUCAUCACCAUAUCGAAGAAAUAUCGAAAGGAGCACAUAAAUUGAAUCAGAUCCUAGAGGCCUGCUCGAAUGGACUUAAUGUUGAUAGAUUUUCAAUAGAAGUUGGGAAGGAGUUAGUGAAAGAGGCAAUGGAUUUGGAAGAGUCCUUGAGAAUGCUUGUAAACCUGCAGGAAACUUCUGAAUACAUAGUUGCCUCUCAGAGGAAAAAUGGGAUCACAUUGCUACAUGAGGAUGAAGAUGAGGAAGAUAAUGCUGUCAAAAUGGCUGAGGAAAAGCAAAUUGAUCUGCCAAGCUUCUCCUUUGACAAGGGUUCGAGACACGGGCGUAAAAAUCAAGAAGUUGGAAGGCCGGGGUUCGGGCAGAAGGUGACUGCAGCUCCAACUUACACUACAGAAGGUAGUAGCUUAAACAGCGAAAAGCAAGGGAAAAUAACCUCCUCAACAUCAGUUUCUCAGAGGCAAUCAGUCAGCUAUACCGCAGGUGUCAAGAAUCCAUCAACAGAACAGAAAGAGUCUAAACCAAAAAAGGAGAGGAUUCCAAAUGUAAUUACAAAACUAAUGGGGCUGAAUGAGCUUCCAAAGAACAAAAACUUGAAGCACACCGUGGAGGAAGACUUGAGUUCCAAGUCAAAAAGAGAAAGGCACGUGAUAGAGCAAACAACAAACGAAAGCAGUAAGAUUUCUGGGGUUAAGACUAUGGAUCCGUUGAUGCAGAAUACGACGUUUGUUUCACAAGCAGGAAAAAGCAUGCUUGCCAAUAAUAUCAGCCUUGGGGUAGUUGUUCAUGAUCCGGAAGAAUUUAAACCCGUGGCGAUAUCAGGAAAUGAAACCAUCAAAUUAGAUAAGCACCAAAAACCUACUCAGACCUUCAAACAGGAUAAACCUGUGAUGCAAGCAAAACCAGGGUUCAAGGAAAUUCGGGUUCCAGUGGAAAAGCAAAAUGGGAACAACGUUCUCCCAAGAAAUCAGCAGCGUAAGUCCCCAUAUAAUGUUGAACUCCAGCAGCAAUCCAUGGCUUUCAAAUCUGAGUCACCGAAAGAAAAGCGCAGCCGGAAGACAAAGGAGCAGCAGAUUCCACAACCAAAGUUGGUGGCGAAAAAACAACGAAGAAGCGAAAUGAUAUCAAGAAGUAAGUCAAAAGGGGCAGUAGAUAUGCAAAAGAAGCAGACACUUGCAGAGCUAGCUAGGGUAAAUAAGAAAAUCGCUAGAGAAGCCGCUGCAACAGUGCAAUCCACAAGAGUUCCAAAUGGCAAAUAUCAUGAAAAUCUGGUCAGAAGCAAAAGUUCCGCUGACUUGAAUUUCAACAAGAAAGAUUCUUCACCGAACUCUCGGAUCCUCAACCAGCAAAAGAAAAAUUUGGCACUCUACCGGCUAUGGAGGAGAGAUCAGUUCAUGCAGCACCACCACUGCAGAAGGCAAAAUCUAGAAGAAAAAAGUUCGAGCCAGCAGAUUCAGCGCAAAACCUACAUAAAGAAGCAGAGCUGGAGGCUCCCAUUUUGUACGAUCCAUGAAGUUGAAAGUCGAAGCCUCGAAAAAUCACAAACUCUACUUCCAAAGGAAAGUUAUGAUCAGCAAGAUCAAGCACCUGCUUUCGGAGAUGAUGAGUGCUUAACCGCAUCAAUUACAGUUAAUGGAAACCGUGACAUUUGUUAUGCAGAAGUAUUGGAGCACCAUAAAGCACUCAACCUGAGAAAACAAGAGCCACAGACAGAAAAUGAAAACCACCUGAAGCAGGUAGUGAUCAAGAGCCAUCAUUUCCUCAACACAGCAGAAGCACUUUUCGAGCUCGACAUCCCUUUCAGCAUUCUUCACGACAGUGGCCACGACUGCAACCCAGAUGUAGACAGCAAGCUCACAUUAGACUGUGCCUACGAAGUAAUGAAACGAAAAGGGAUAAGGCAUGAGCUCAAUGUUCAUCCUAAAUGCGAGAAGAUAUCAAUAAGUUUUGUCAAAGUACGGUCCUUGAAUGAGCUGGUUAGGCAACUGCAUAAAGAUUUCGAGACUCUGAAGUUCUACGGGAGAAAAGGAAAAUAUGAAUGUGAGGCGGAAGAGUAUCUGCCGAAAAUGCUGGAAAGCGAUAUGCAUAGCUGGGAGCCGGACGUGAAUUGCAUGUGGGAUAUGGGCUGGGAUAAAACUAUGUUUGCAGUUGUUGAAGUAGAUGAAGUCGUGAAAGAUUUGGAGAGGCUUGUGCUCAGUGGACUUGUAGAUGAGCUUACGAGAGACCUCUUUCGCACGGGUUUUUCAGCGAUACAUUAACCUAGUGAAUAAGAAAUUCAUAUUUGGGUUUUCAGGAGAUGAAUAAUGUAACAUCUAUGCUUUUAAUUCUGCAUUCUUGACUUCUUUUCUGUACCAGUUAGCUUCCAACAAAUUGAUCUUCAUUUGUUCGCUCUGAGACCAGAAUCCAAGGUCUAAGCGAACAAUUGUAUUAGGCCAUAACCGCCAUCCGGUCCAAAGAGAUUAUGCGAUUUUGAUUGGCUUCGUCUAGUGCUACGAAUUUAUGAAGCUCUUGCGCAAGUUAUCGGUAAACUAUUGAGCCCAUGUUCCGCAAGGGUGAAAGCUCCACAUGAACCUGUACUGGUUGCUUUUGUUGCUCUAUCGGUAAACUACUUGUCCGGUUAACAUCAUCGCCAUGCUCCGCUUGCUCUUGCUCCACCCGAACUGGAAUUUCUUUCAUGAACUGUUUAAUUAAAGCCUUCAAGAAGUGGUAAGCAGAAGGCUUAAUUUUGAAUGUUCGAAAUCUUGUUUCCUUUCCAUUAUUCUUAGCAUUAUUCAAAAGGUUACUUGC